CUUGCUAGUGCUCGGUGGAUUGGUAAUCAUGGAUUUUCUAUAGGGAUUGAUGAUGUCACACCUGGGGAAAACUUAGUUAAGCAAAAACAAGAAGAGAUUCAUCAAAAUUACAAGAAAUGUGAAGAUCGUAUUCAACAAUUUAAUGAAGGAAAGCUUGCCGUGCAACCAGGCUGUGAUGCUGCCCAGACUCUGGAGGCUGAAGUAACUAUGGCGUUGAAUAAAGUUCGUGACGACAUAGGAAAAAUUUGUAUGAAAGCACUACAUUGGAGGAAUAGUCCUCUGAUCAUGUCACAGUGUGGUUCAAAAGGAUCCCCAAUUAACAUAAGCCAGAUGAUUGCAUGUGUUGGUCAGCAGUCCGUUGGCGGUCGUCGUGCUCCUGAUAGAUUCAUAGAUCGAAGUCUUCCUCAUUUUCCUACCAAAUCAAAGUUUCCAACUGCUAAAGGGUUUGUAGCUCAUUCCUUUUUUGACGGUUUGUCAGCAACUGAGUUCUUUUUUCACACAAUGGGAGGAAGAGAAGGCCUUGUUGAUACAGCAGUUAAAACUGCUGACACCGGAUACAUGUCUCGUCGACUUAUGAAAGCUUUAGAGGACCUUGCUGUUUAUUAUGACAACACUGUACGAAAUGCCAGCGCAAGUAUAAUUCAGUUCAUGUAUGGUGAUGAUGGCAUGGAUCCUUCACAGAUGGAAGAGAAAAAAGGCCGUCCUCUGAACUUUAGCAGAUUAUUUAUGAAAGUUAAGGCAACGUGUCCUCCUAGAGGUGAGAAG